AUGACCAACACCAAUCAGCAUUCGCUCGACCAAAAGAGCACCCUAGACGCAACUGUUGAACACAAGGCAGUCUCCGACAAGCACGCCUCUGAUCAGAUCCAGGCUGCCAAUGCCAAUGAACACAAUCUAACCUUUAGAGAUGUCGCUAGAAAGCACCCAAAGAUCAUCUGGUGGUCAUUCUUCUGGUGCAUGUCUGCUGUUGGCUGGGGUUUCGAUACACAGGUUAAUGGCGCCAUGGUUGGUGUUCCCGCCUUUCGCAAGUAUUAUGGCCAUGAGCUCGACGGCGACUGGGUGAUCCCCGCUGACUGGUUGACCGCUUUCAACAUUGUGUCCUCAGUUGGUCAGUUCUUUGGGGGAUUCGCUUGCAGCGCCAUCUCUGAUAGGAUGGGUCGCAAGAGGAGUCUCGCCCUGGGCGUCUUGAUCGUCACAGGCGGCAUCAUGGGAGAGUCCUUUUCUUCAACUCGCGCUGCGUUCGUCGUCAGCAAGCUUAUCCUCGGCGUCGGAGUCGGCUUCUACCUGACCCUUGGCCCCAUCACAUGCUCCGAGAUCGCUCCGACUGUCCUACGUGGUCUCUCUACUGCUGGUGUGAACCUCGCUAUUGCUGUCGGCCAGCUCAUUUCCAACUCGGUCACCUCUGGCUUUGGUAACAGGGACGAUCUGUGGGCUUUCCGGGGGCCUUUCCUUACGCAACUGGUCUUCUCUGUCCUUCUCUUCGUCGGUAGCUUUCUGUCUCCAGAAUCGCCCUGGUACCUUGUGCGUGCUGGAAAGACGGAGGAAGCCAGAGCUGUCCUUCAAGACCUGUACGGAUCCGAAUUCGAGGCAUCAGAGAAGCUUCAGGCCAUUCAACAGACGGUCGAAGAAGAAGCCAGUAUGGCCAGUUCCUCAUACAUCUCUGCGUUCCAGGGCACUGAUAGGGUCCGGACACUCAUUUCCAUCGGCGUAUUUGCUUGUCAGCACGCCGUAGGUAUUAUUUUCGUCCUCAGCUUCUCAACCUACUUUUUCCAGCUCGCUGGUCUCGAUACAAGAAAAUCUCUUAACCUCGGUGUUGGUGUCACGGCUUGUGGCGUAGCUGGCAACAUCUGUUCGUGGUUCAUCGUCAACCGCUAUGGUCGCCGUCCCAUUUUCGUCAUCGGCAUGUUCGCCUGUACCACGAUUCUUCUGCUCAUCGGUAUCCUCGACGUUGUGCCGACAAGUGCAGCCAAAUGGGCCAUGUCCUCUCUGACCGUUGUCUUCUCUUUCGUCUACUUCCUCACGAUCGGUGCGGUCGCUUUUGUUCUUUUAGGAGAGGUAUCUUCUCUAUCUCAGAGAGCACGAACUACAGCUUUGGCCACCGCAACCCAGGCCAUCUUUGGUAUUAUAAUGUUUUUCGCUGUCCCAUACAUGGUGAAUCCUGACGCGGGUAACCUCGGUGGCAAAGUUGGUUUCGUUUUUGGUGGACUCUCUGCUUUCGCUUCUAUCCUCUGUGUUUUUUACAUUCCUGAGCUCAAGGGUCGAACAUAUCAGGAGAUUGAUACCAUGUUCUAUCGCCGAGUUCCACUCCGCAAGAUGGGCUCUUACAAGAUCUGA